AUGAAAAAUUUUCCUAAUAAUUGUAACGGAUUAAUUAAUAGGGACAAAGAUAUUUUCGUAGAAAGCCUUGUCGAUAACAAAAAUAUCGACCCGGCAACUUGUGGUCGCCGGAUGUUUUUAGCAUCGUUGAUAAUCGCAUCUAAAUAUUUGCAAGAUAAAAAUUAUUCAAAUACCGCUUGGUCUAAAAUUUGUGGUUUGCAGGUCGAAGAAAUUAACAUGACUAGUAGUAAUAUGGAUGCUCAUAGUUUUGAAAAUCCCAAUUUGUCGACUGUUUUAACAGCACCACCAAUGAUUAUAAUGUCUCGGUCUAAAGAAUGUCAUGUAAGAGGUUAA